UUGGAGUCUUGGAAAUUUCUACAGCUCACAUUUGAAUUAGACUGUGAUAUUUCGCGAUGACUGAUAUAUUUUCCUCAGAUCAAAGCAUAAGUUCUAGUCUUCCCGAUUCGAAGGAAGUAGACGCAGAACUUCAACAGUUUCUAUUGAUUGAAAGAGAAAGAGCGAAAAUCCAAGCACAGAUUCACGAAUUCAGUGAUAUUUGCUGGGACAAAUGUAUGGAUAAACCUGGAAAUAAGCUAGACAGUAGAACAGAAACAUGUUUAGCGAAUUGUGUAGACAGAUUCAUUGAUGUAUCAUUACUUAUAGCCAACCGGUUUUCUCAAAUGGUUCAAAAGAAUUCUGGCAACUUUUAAUUUUUUAAAUAUUUAUUUUUGUUAAAAUUGUAGGUAAAUAAUUGUAUAAUGUUAAGUAGUGAUCAGUUAAUGUGUUGAAAAUUAAACUUUUUUUUAUCAAAUUAAA